AUGGGUAGGGGCAAUACGCGACGUUACGAGUGCGAGCCUCCUGAAAAGGUUUACGCCUACAGAGCAAAGCUGGUCAAAACUAAACGCAACUCCGCCAAGAUCCAACUAGUUCCUGCUACCUUCACCACCCCCAAAAACAAGAGGAGACAUACCGGGGAAUCGUCUAAAGUCUACUGCUGCCAGUGCCAAGGUGGAAUCGGUGUCGGAGAGACUGGAAUCAUUGCGGGUGAUGUCUUUAUUCCUUUCGACCUCCCGGAAAGAGAUAUGACGGGUGGUUCCAAUACUUCGCACUCUUACCUUUGCGAAUGGCGUGAGGCGAAACAGGAAGCAUAUCUGGAUGAGAUGCCCACCCCAUCUGGCGAUGUAACACCUGCUAUGGGCGACCUCUUCUAUGCACCAAUUGCUGCAGGGAUGGCCAUCGAGCCAAUCCUUUCCAUCGAGUCGAGGUGUGGAACGAAACACACUUUACACCUUCUUGGCUUUGGCGAUCUGGACUCGUUCUCUCUCUCUGCACCUCCGGGCGCUGCGACCUCUCUUCAACUCCGCCCACUGACCUACCCGACGCUCUACCUAUGCGCGAUGAUUCCACGUAUGGUGCCAAACCUGAACGACGAGCCUGGGAAGACGACGGACCUUUACCCAACUUCGUACAAGGAGGCACGCAGUGCCUUUACCUUCGAGCUGUUGGACGACUACAUCCUUCAGAACUUAGAGUGCCACACAUCAGCCUUUCACUACUACUCAAAGCUACGGCGACUGACCAACAAGGCGUUCCCCAAGACGGUGCCUGAUCGAUAUCGGGAACUUCUCAGGUGCAGUCGGGAAUGGCGCCGUCUGAAGGACUUGAAAAGACAUGGAUUUGGUCACCUGAAGCGAUCCCCGGGAGAGGGCGAGAUGGCGCUUUACUGCGCCGCCUGUCCUCAACCGGGGGUGAACAUCCCGGAAGGGUGGCAAGACGAUCCUGAGCAGUGGAAAUACUAUGUCACCCUGGUGGCCGACGGAAACUUUACUCUCCUCCAUCGGAAGCAAAGAGGAGAGGACGAUGUUUGGUUGAAAAAUGGGGAAGGUUAUCUCGUCGAGCGUACUCGCUAUGCGAAGCAUAUUAGCGCUACAACGGAGAAGAAAGAGCCUCAGGCCCCAACCUGUCAUGAACACCGCGCCGUUGAAGAUAGGUCCAAGACUCAUAAAGGUUGUGAUGUCACUGGAGUCGGCGCGUUUGCAUGUUCUCGACACGGCGCGUUUGCCCCUGGCAGUGUGGUGGACUUUCAGAAGGGUGAACGUCAAAUGAAUAUGGAUUAUGGUCUUUGCGGCGCGAUUCGCUCAACAGGCGCGUCCCAUGCUAGGCGUCUGAAUCUUCUUUACGACAUUGCGUGUCAGUACUGUCAGCAUCUCGUCAAGAGGUUGAAGGACGGGAAAUAUCUGAAUCAUUGGGACUCCUUGGAGAUGGUGUUUGGAAUUGGGAAGUUCCAUGUCUUCGGUCACCAAGAGAGAUGUUUUGUGCGACACUCACCCCUCUUCAUUGAAGGAACGGGGUGGACCUCAGGCGAGAUUCUAGAAUCUCUAUGGGCAAUUCUGAACGAAGCAGGGAAGGCCACUCAAACCAUGACUCUCGCUCAUCGAAAUGAAGUCCUCGAUUCUCUGAUUGCCGAUAGCAACUUCAAAAAGAUGAUCAACCUGGUCCAUCAAUUGGGUGGCCGGUAUGUGAAGAGCUUGAAGGAGCUUACCGCAGCUAGGGAGGCGUUCGAACUACUCGACGCGACAGCCAGUACAGCUCAACGUUCCGCUUGGCAAGAACAGCUCAACAGAGCAUUGGAACUAAGAGUGCAUGACGUAGGGGCCAUGGAUGUGUUAAAUGUCACAAUCGAGAAACCGCCAUCUAGGUCAAAGGUUCAGCAUGACAUGAUGGUCAACGAACAGCAGGGAAACUACGAUGUUGGAGUUACCUCUUGGCUUACCCUAGGUCUGAAAAUCCAAGAAUCACAGUUACAGCUCAAGGCAUAUAUCAAGUCGCUCCCUCGCGCCGAUCUCAGAACCGACCUCCAGCUUGUGGAGCUGAUGCAGAGGCGAGAGCGAAUUCAAACUGACCUCGACUCAUUUGUGGCAACAGCUGUCCGUCUUUUCCCAACGGUGGAGUUCAGGGGGUACGACCGGCCACCGGACGUUGCCCCGGAAAUCGACAACGACGACCCAGAAGAUGCGGAAGGUACCGGUCUUAUCGAGGAAGAGGACAACCCGUUCCUCAAUUCGGAUGACUGUGAUAUCGAGGAUGUGGAAGUACCGUUGCCGUCGUCAUUCACGCGCCUUCCGGAGACAAUGACCAGGGCCAGGAAGAAGGAAAUCCGGCUUCGUAUAGCGCAGGCUAAUGAUGCUCUGGAGGGUAUCAGGACAGAAAUAGGCCACAAAUCCUUUCUUUAUCGGUCCAACAUCCGCCUUGCUGACGGGAAGAAACAGAAAACUCGAGGAUACCAGGCUAUCAAAGCCGCCGAUUCAUCCCUGCGACAUCAUCUACGCCUAUAUAACCAAUCACGAUGGGCCCUAAAUCGACUUGGAGCCAAACCGUCAACAUUGGAACGUUACCGGCCGAUUGUACGCGAGGAUACUAAGGCCAUCACAGCAGUCUAUCAACCGAAUGCGCCUGGCCAAUCCAAGGCGACGUUGUCUUGGAUUUGGAGUUUGGAUGUUAAGGGCGAUUCUGAUAACUCGAUAUAUCUCAACGAAUUGUACAGGGUGAACUGGUUGAGAGCCAAGGCAAGACUCGACCGUUGGAAGGAAGAGCACGUCCUUCUUCGAAGCGAGAUGGACUGGGUGAUAAACUUCUUCACCAUGAGGGAGCAAAGGUGUCUGAGCUGGGCGGGUUUGACAUCACAACAGCCGGGCCACUCCGCCUAUGCCUUCCGCCAGGCGGAAAUGUGGAGACUGUUGGCUUCGGAUGCGAAGAUGUCUUUCGAAACGGCGCAGAAAACGGUGCAGAGUCUGAAAGAGACGUCGAAUGGAGACUGGGAUUAA